UAUUUUUUCUUGGUUUAGGGUUAAUCUUGUCAUUGCUCUCAAAGAACUUUGGAGCGUUGCUCAUGAAGUCCUCACAACUUGCUUGGUGAGAACAGAGAAGCAGGCAAAGAAGAAAGAGAGCGACAGCAACAUCACACAAGCUAAAAGGAGAGCUCUCCACCACAGUUCUUCGUCAAGAGUGAAAGAUUCGUCGCAUCGCAAUCGUAAGAAUGGGAAGUUGUCAUAGCCGCUUGCAAGGUGGACGACUCGACGAGUCGGCAAGCACGGCAGUAACGGCAUGCACUCAAUCAUCGACCAAAUCUGCUGCUGCUGUUUCAUCGAUCGUUGCAGAUUUGAUCUGCGCCAUUACACUAGAACUACCGGUAGAUCCGGUCACUGCUGAAGACGGAAGAGUCUAUGAACGCUCGGCUAUUGAGAAACAUGUCAAGGUGGCUCGUCGAAACGGUCGACAGCUGAAAUCGCCACUCACCAAUGAACCCAUGGGCGAGUCCCUCUUGCCGGCGCCUCAUAUGCGCAAUCACAUUGAAGCGUUGAUCCAAAGUGGAGUGAUCAAUGACGACGUACUCUCCCAGCAUCGCAAGGAAAACAGGGCAAAGGAAGACUUGCUGAAAAAGGCCCACGACGGACAUGUCGAGUCGAUACAGACUGUGGCCUUUUACUACUACGCGGGACGCCGAGGGUUUGUUCAAGACUACAAGAAAUCCCUUGAAUGGUCGAAGAAAGGACAUGUUGCCGGAAGCACGAUUUCUACUGCUUUUCUGGGAGAGGCUUUUCUCUACGGGUACGGGACAAAACCCAACAAUAGUGAAGGACUCAUGUUUCUCGGCUUGGCCGCGGCAAGAGGAAGUAACUUUGCAGCAUAUUUGCUCGCCAAAGCUCUAACGUAUGGGUACUUUGGUAUGGCCGUCGACAAAGAAGAAGCGACACGUUGGAUCAAAAAGGUGGUGAAGAAUGAGUGUGCCAUCAAACACCUCAACGAGAUUGGAAUGCAGAAUGCAAAGAGUCUAUGGAACGAACUCUCUUCUUGUGUCACCGCCGACUGUUGAUUGGAGUAGUGAUUCAGACGACUUCGCGCCCUUGGGCAAGUCAUUUUUGAGUUGGAAUAGGGUCUUUCUUGCACUUACCCAAGAAACUCCCUGCACGUGACAAAUCACAAAGAUAACUAACUGUGCACGAGGCUUCUUCACUUCAUUGACGGAAAGCUAGAAAUGUGAUUCUUCAACGGACAUGAUCUUUCAAAGCAUGUUUACGGCUGGUCUCGACACGUUACUUCUAACCAGCCUCUAUGUACAAGUUAAUAAGUUCUAACUACCUCUGUGAUCCCAG